AAUCACGACCUGUACAGCCAGCUUUACAGCGUAAACGGGCGGUACACAGUUUUAUUUUGAAAGAUAUCAACCGGAGGUGCAUUUCAUUUUCAUUUUCUAUCCCUUUACUGUAAGUUAGUUCAGGACACGAGAAAUUUUUUAGUUCAGUUGUAACUUCGAACCAUAUUAGCCACAUCCUCUGCUUCGCUGUUGGUAACAAUGAGCUGCGUGAAGGAAGUAACUCGCAGUGCCUCCCCUCACUGCCCCAAACCAGAUGAGUCUGAGGAGCCGCUGGGCACAACCAUGGAGACUGGAGCUGCGGAGGAUGCCGGUGUGAAAUCUGAGAAUAUGACAUCCGAAGUGGUUAUCACCAAGGAAAUGGAGGACGAAGAGAAGCAGCUGAUGGAGGAAGGGGAGAAGAAAGAGAAGGAGAUGAUGGACAAGGCACGGGAAUCCUGGCAGAGAGACUCUCAUGACAUGCGAUUCAAGAGACUGCAGCAUCUUCUUCAGAAGAGCAACAUCUACUCCAAAUUCCUGCUGACUAAAAUGGAACAACAACAGAAUGAGGAGAAACUCAAGAAGGAGAGAGUUGAAAAGAAGACAAAGAAAAACAUAAACAGUGCAGAACCAGAAAAAGAUAAAAAGAAGAGGAGGAGGGAUGACGACUACAAAAUUGCAGAUGUCAUGUCAAAAGAAGAAAUCAUGUCGCAGGCAAAGAAAGCAAAGGUGGAGGACAAGGAUGUGGCACCCGCCCAGAAGAAACUGCAAGCUGAGGAUAUCGAGAAGAUGAGCGAUUCCAACCAGGACAUCAAGAAUCGUCUGUCGGAGGCGGUGCGAGACAACGCCAAGCAUCUCCUGCACCCUGACAGGAAGGUGAACGGCCAGCCGGUCCCCGCCCAGCAGCCACACUUCUUCACCGGAGGAGUCAUGAGGUGGUACCAGAUUGAGGGCAUCGAGUGGCUGAGGAUGUUGUGGGAGAAUGGCAUCAAUGGGAUCCUGGCUGAUGAGAUGGGACUAGGAAAGACCAUUCAGUGCAUAGCACACAUCGCCAUGAUGAUAGAAAAGAAAGUGAUGGGCCCCUUCCUGGUGGUGGCCCCUCUGUCCACUCUGCCCAACUGGAUCAGUGAAUUCAAGCGCUUCACACCAGAGGUGUCUGUGCUGCUUUACCACGGGCCCCAGGCAGAGAGGGCCAAGCUGCAGAAGCAGAUCCGCAGGCCUCAGGGGCCCCUCAACAUGUGUCCUGUGGUCGUCACCUCCUUUGAGAUCGCCAUGAUCGACAGAAAAUUCCUGCAGCGCUUCCAGUGGAAGUACCUGAUAGUGGACGAAGGCCACAGGAUCAAAAACCUCAACUGCCGGCUGGUGCGGGAGCUGAAGAUGCUGCCCACCGACAACAAGCUGCUGCUGACAGGAACACCGCUGCAGAACAACCUGGCUGAGCUCUGGUCCCUCCUCAACUUCCUCCUGCCAGAGGUCUUUGAUGACCUCAAGAGCUUUGAGUCGUGGUUUGACAUCGACACCCUCGGUGAGGCAGAGAACGUGGUGGCUGCUGAGCGUGAGCAGAACAUCCUGAGCAUGUUGCACCAGAUUCUGACUCCGUUCCUGCUGAGGAGGCUGAAGUCAGACGUGACACUGGAGGUUCCUCCUAAGAAGGAGAUCAUUGUUUACGCUCCUCUGACUGCCAAACAGGAAGCCUUCUACACUGCUGUGGUCAACAAAACCAUCAGCAAGAUGCUGGGCCAGGAAAAGACGGAGGCUCCUGUGGCUUUGACAUCGAGCGGCAGGCCAAAGCGCCGCAGUCGAAAGGUGGUGGACUACAGCGAAGCAGAUGGAGACACUCCGUACGACCUGGAGAAAUAUCUGGACAGAGUCCGAAAGGAGCAAGAGCAUAGCUCCCCUCCCGUGCUGGAUGUCCAGAGCCCACUUGACACUCAGAUCAACCUGAAGCUGCAGAACAUUCUCAUGCUGCUGAAGAGAUGUUGUAACCACCCGUACCUGGUUGAGUACCCGCUGGACCCCGCCACACAGGAGUUCAAGAUUGAUGAGCAGCUAGUGCAAAGCUCCGGGAAGUUUCUCAUACUGGACAGACUGCUGCCUGCACUGAAGAAGAGGGGGCACAAGGUCCUGAUCUUCAGCCAGAUGACGUCCAUCUUGGAUAUCUUGAUGGAUUACUGCUAUCUGCGGGGCUUCCAGUACAGCAGACUGGAUGGCAGCAUGUCCUAUGCCGACAGGGAUGAAAAUAUGACCAAGUUUUCCAAAGAUCCAGAUGUUUUCUUGUUCCUGCUGAGCACCAGAGCUGGAGGACUUGGGAUCAACUUGACAGCUGCUGACACUGUCAUCAUCUUCGACAGUGACUGGAACCCCCAGGCAGACCUGCAGGCUCAGGACCGCUGUCACCGCAUCGGACAAACCAAACCAGUGGUGGUGUACCGCCUGGUCACAGCCAACACCAUCGACCAGAAGAUCCUUGAGAGAGCCUCGGCCAAGAGGAAGCUGGAGCAGAUGGUCAUCCACAAGAAUAAGUUCAAAGGUCAGAGGGCAGAGCUGAACCAAGGUAAAAGCUGCAUUGAUCUUGAUGAGCUGAUGGAUCUGCUCAAGGCCAGAGGCACUGAGAAGGAGGUGAAAGCAUCGAGAGGGAAGGUGAUCAGUGACAAGGACCUGGAGAUUCUGCUGGAUCGCAGUGACUUGCUUGACAAAGAAAAGGGCAGCCUGAAGAAAGAGAAGGUGGGAGUCUUCAGAGUGAUCGACGCCAAAGAGUCAUCAGAGAUCAUGUUGACCUGAGAAGACUUGAAAUAUUCACAUGUGAACCUCUGACAUUCCAAAAAGUUUACAAAAGCACGCACAUCCAAGCGAUAAAUACAAGGUGCUGGACAGAAGAACAUGUGGAAAAACAGAAAAAUAGUGCGCACACCAAAUAAUGCUCCCAUGAACAUUUAUUGGUAUGCAACCAAGUGACUCAUCUUCAAGAAGAGCUGGUGGUUUACCAAUAAAUGUUCAUGGGAGCAUUAUCUAGUGUGCAGACUAUUUGUUCAUUCAACCUCUGACAUUCCUUCAGAAAAAAAAUGCUAAAGCUGUAUCCAGAUGGCUUGCAAUUGCUGCCGCUUGUAGACGGACUGAAACUUUGAGCUGUAAAAUAUCCUGAAACUGCUGUUUGUAGACUGAAAAUACUGUAUUUUGUCUUUUACUUUCUUAACUGCCUUAAUAGUGCUCUUUGUUCUUGAGCUUUUUGUGUUGAACGUGAUCUGUGGUGUAUGGUAUGCUGUACCCUUUUAGGAUUUGACUGACAAUGGGGUUUUGAAGGCUGAAACUGAGAUUUUAUGUUCAUCUCAUGUAUUCCCUGGCAGGUAGGAAGACUGCAAUGGCAUUAAGACUAUCAUAGGACACUAGAACCUGUCAGUGAAAUCCACAACACAUGUUGAAUACAUUCAUGAACACACAUGGAACACAAUCAAAAUUUUAUAUUAGGAAGUGUUCACAGUCUUCCCAGUUCUAUAUAUAUCUAUAUAUAUCCUGUAUGUCCUUUCAACUCUGUGGAUGAUUUCUUCACUUUGAGGUUGGUGUUCACAUAGAUUAUUUUUUCCUCACGGACACUGCCCCCUGACUGACAAAACCAAGCUGUAGUGAAUUUGGCCAUUUAAAACCAACUAUCUUCAUUUAAACAAUGUAAGCAACGCACUUUCAUGCAGGUAAAGCAUACAUGUUCUCUGUCAUGUGUUUUUAUAUAAAUAAACUAUCAUUUGAAAACUU